UUCAGCGUCUUUAGAGCCUGUUUGUUACGUGUAUUGUGUUAUUAUUAUUUUUCUCAUGUUCCUUUUCAGUAUAAAUUUAUAAAUUUAAGUAGAAAUUUACAUCAUCGUUUGUUUGGGUUAAUAAAUAUUCAAUUGUUUUUGGAAUGUGACAAUAAGUUAUGUUUGUCAAUGGUGGCAACAAUUUAUGAUCUACACAUAUUACUUUUUUUCUCUGCAAUGAUUUUACUGUUUACCUAGAACUUCUUAACUUUAUUAGUGUUAUAUUAUCACAAUCAAAAUGCAAGAAGAUAUGAUAUAUCCAGCUGGAUGUCGCCCUGUGACUGAUGAUCUUGGACCUGAUGAACUUAUUAGAAGACUCAAAACAUUAGCUCAUACUCUUCAAGCUAUGGGUCAAGAUGAAGGAAUGUAUCAACAGUAUAUACCAUUAACGUUACAUUUGGCUGAAGAUUAUUUCCUUAAACAUGCAAGUAAAGAUGUUCAACUUUUAAUUGCUUGUUGCAUUGCUGAUGUUCUAAGAGUUUAUGCCCCUGAAGCUCCAUAUAAAGACCCUGAACAAGUCAAGGGUAUAUUUAUGUUUCUUAUAAAGCAACUUGCAGGUCUAAAAGAUCCAAAAGAUCCAGCCUUUAAGCGCUACUUUUACCUUCUGGAAAACUUAGCUUAUGUCAAGUCGUUUAAUAUGUGCUUUGAGUUAGAGGAUUGUCAAGAAAUAUUUUGUAAACUUUUCUCACUUAUGUUUAAAAUAGUAAAUGAUGAACAUUCAACUAAAGUAAAAUCAUUUAUGUUAGAUAUAUUAUGCCCCCUUAUUUGUGAAUCGGAUAUGGUGUCGAGUGAGCUUCUUGAUAUUAUUUUAAUUAAUAUUGUUGAACCUAACAAAUCUCAGAGAAAAAAUGCCUAUUCGUUAGCAAAAGACCUUAUUCUUAAAUGUUCAGACACCUUAGAACCUUACAUUCAAUCGUUUUUCAAUCAUGUCCUCAUCUUAGGAAAAAAUGAAAAAAAUCUUGCUAUAAGUACCAAAACAUAUGAUCUCAUAUAUGAAUUAAACAGGAUUAGCCCCUCUGUAUUAUUAGCUGUUUUACCACAGCUUGAAUGUAAACUUAAAUCUACUGUUGAGCAAGAACGUCAUGGCACAGUUUCUCUCUUAGCACGUAUGUUUUCUGAAAAAGAUUCGAGCCUUGCUAGACAUCAUAAUGUUCUAUGGCAAGCAUUUCUAAGUAGAUUUAAUGAUAUAUCUGUGAGUAUUAGAAUCAAAUGUGUUCAAUAUGCUAUGCAUUUGCUAUUAAAUCAACCUGAACUUCGCCAAGACUUGACUGAAGCAUUACGCCUAAGAAGUUCAGAUAGUGAUAUGAAUGUGCGACAUGAAACUGUAAUGGCUAUUGUAUCAACUGCUAAACAUGACUUUGAACCUAUUGCUGAUAAUGAAGAAUUACUUUUAGUUGUUAAACAGCGAAUGUGUGAUAAAAAAUUUAAGAUAAGAAAAGAAGCUACUUCAGGUCUAGCAUUUAUUUACAAAACAUAUUUAAAUGAUCCUGAUAUACCACAAGCUACCAAAAAGGCUUUUACUUGGAUUAAGGAUAAAAUUUUACAUGGAUAUUAUAGAACUUGUGUGGAGGAUAAGUCUUUAGUAGAAAGACUUGUUAAUACAUCUCUCGUACCAUAUCAACUUUCUCCUGAUGAAAGAAUGAAAAGACUUUAUCAUUUAUAUGGAACUAUUGAUGAUUAUGCUAAAAAAGCUUUCAUGGAAAUUCAAAAAACUCAGCUUUUAAUUCGUACUCAUUUGAAAGAUUUUAUUGAUACACAUAAAAAAGAUGAUGGACCACAGAAAGAAAAAGAUAUUCAAGCUAGUAUUAAGCUAUUAACACGAUACCUACCUGAAUCUGUUAAAGCUGCUGAAUUCAUUAGUAAAUUUUCUCAACAUUUGAUUAAAGAUGUAAAACUUCUAAAUUAUAUGGAAACAAUUGCUAAACAGAAUUCAAGUACAGUUGAAAUAUCAGAAGCAACUAAUCUAGUAUUAAGAAAACUUGGUCAACCUGUCAUGACCAAUCUUUAUUACAAUACAGUGAAAGCUUUAUUAGAACGUGCAUCAUCAGUUAUGAUUGAUUCUCAGGCAUUGAAAGCAUUGUUUAAUCAUGUGGAAAAUUGUCUGAGUGGUGGAAACAUGAUUGAAGAGCUUGGUUUACAUCCUGGAACAGCUGGAUAUAGAGGAUUAGAAUUGCUUAACGUAUUAUCAAACACAUUCGCUUGCCAUUUUUAUCAUCCAGAUAUUUUAGACAAGCUUUUAAAUUUGUUGCAUAAUGAUGACGAGUAUAUUGCGCCUCAAGUUCUUACCAUGCUUACCACUAUUGGGAAGUAUAGUGCAUUAGGAGAUUCAUAUCCAGAAUUUACUGAAAAACUUAUACCAGUUUGCAAAACGCUAGCAACUAAUGGUACACCCAAGCAAGCCAAAGGUGCUAUCAGAUGUUUGUAUGUCAAUGUGUAUAAAUCAAAUAAUGAUAUAUUUGAUGAUGUCAUUGAGAAAACUAAAUUAAAUUUAGAACCUGAUUCAGAAUAUUAUGAAACUGCUAUUGUUGCUCUUGGACAUCUUGCUAUUAAUGUUGCUGAUAAAUAUAGUGUACAUUUCAAAAAUUUGAUAUCUCGUAAGAUUGUGAAGGAAUUAUUAGUUAAAGUAUCUACGAAAAGUGAUGUUUACAAUGUAGAUGCAGAUUGGUGUUCUGAAGAAAUGUUACCAAAAGGAACAAAAUGCAGGGCAGAAGGUAUGAAAGCAAUGGCUAGAUGGUUAAUUGGUUUAAAAAGUGAUAAAGUAUCUGCUCAAAAAACAUUCAGAAUGUUUAAUGCCUUUCUAUCACAAAAAGGUGAUUUAACUCAGUCAGGAAUUUUAAGUAAAUCUGAAUUAGCUUGGUUGCGACUGCAAGCUGGUUGCUCCAUGUUGAAAAUAUGUGAACAAAAAGGUGUUGGUGAUCAAUACACGGCUGAACAGUUCUUUUUAUUGUCAAGACUAAUGAUGGAUGAAGUAAUUCAAGUUCGAGAAAUUUUUGCAGCCAAAUUACAUAAAGGCUUAGGUCGUGGUUUACCUUUUAAAUGUCUUCCACUUGAUUUUAUGGGGAUGUAUGCUUUGGCUGGAUUGGAAACUGAUGAAAGACUUAGAAGUAAAAUUUAUGAUUAUGUUUUGAAAGAUAUUAAUAGAAGAAGAGAGUAUGCUAGAAAUUUAACCCAAGGAUCAACAACAUGUUCUAUUGAUAAAGCUAUGGCACAACUACCUCAUAUAUUACCAGACUAUAUGUUACUAUUUGCAAUAUCUAUUUUAACUCAUUCGCCGGUGUAUAAAGAUAAUAAAGAUGAAGAGAGUUUAACUUUGAUGCAACAGUGUUUGUGGUUUAUAUUAGAACCAUUAAUUACAAAAAAUGAUUCAUAUAAUUUUGGAUUUUAUAAGGAAAUGUUGGAAAGAGUGAAAAAUUAUGUUGACGCUGUUGAACCAUCUAAUGAAAUUAUUAAUUCGAAAAUGUGGGCACUUUGUGAUUUAGCCAUGAGUGUAUUAGUUGUGCACACAAGUACAUUUGAAACUUCACCGUUCUCUGAAAUUAGAAUAUCAGCAAUGUUUUUCAAACGUCAUGAUGAUCCCAUGUUUGUAAAUGUCAAAGUAUAUUUACCUGAGAAAUUUCAAAUAAAACAAGUAAAUAAUAAUGGUAAAAAAACUGGAAUAUCAGCUGCAUUAAGAACUACUAAAACACGUGCCCAAAAACAAAAUACCCAAAGCAAUCGAUCUAAUGAUUCAAAACUGAAUAAUGAUACAACCAUGUUAGAUAUAUGUGUAGAAAGAGAAGAUGAAGAUGAAAAUGUUGUAGAACCAAAGAGAAGGCGAACCACACGUAACAACAAUUUUGGUUAAAAUUUUAGAGGUGUCCUUGACUAACAUGCAGAUGAACAAGUGUUUAAAAAAUUGCAUGAUACAAAAUACUGUAGUUUAAAUUGUUUUAUACUAAAACUUAAACACUGUUAAUAAUUAUUUAUUUUGUUAAUAUUUUAUUUUUAAAACUUUGAAUCCUCAAAAUCAUUUAUAGUGUAAGAAUUUAUUUUUAAUGACUUUACAAUAUUGUACUCAAUAUUUUAUAUAUUAUAUAAAUUUCACUAUAUUUUUUGGUAAAUAUU